AAAACCCUUUGACACUCCCUGACCUUUGUCACUUACAUUGUUUCAGGAGAGUGGCAAUGUUAGGAUUCAAACUGGCAGAACAAUGGAGUGCCUCUCUCAGUGUCCUAUAUCAAUUACUUCCUCGUCCCUUCUGCUUCUCUAAACACAAACUACAAGAUCACCACAGUUACUGCUCAACAGCCAGUGUAUUCAAAGCGACCAAUCGCUCAACAAUAACCGCUCGACGUUUAACAGUAAUCGCUUUUUCAACCAACCACUUCACAAAGCUGGCGGCAGAGCUUCAGGGAAGCACUAACUAUCUCAGCAACAUGGAUAACCUCAAAAACGCGCUCCGGCGCUCAAAAUAUCGGCUGACUAAUUCUUUCCGAAAGAUUACAGGCUCUUCGAAACACUCGCGACUGAACACCAAUCAAUCGAUCAAUGCCAGUCGUGAUACACUGAGAACGGUAGAUAUUGUUCCAGUGGCAGCUCGAUUGGCGGCGAGGACUGCAUCCGGUCGAAUUGUCGGUCCGGUCCUUCGCUCCAACUGGGAAGAUACCAGCAGUGUCGCCGAUCACUCAAGUACAGAAAGUGCUAACAAUUUUGGUGUUGCUGCUGGUCCUGCAUCUUCCAAUGGACAGCGUCGACGCAUCACAAUCACUGCUCGUUCCGGUAUUUCGGCUGCUCAUUCAGCACAACCAUAUGUGGCCUCGGCUGCAAACAGCGUUAUGCCUGCAAGUACCUCUGAUACCAAACCGGUAAAUGAUGAUGCUAAUCUUUCUACUGAAGCAGCACGUAGUGUUUCCGGUUCGAUACAGACGAAUUUAUUCACCCCUACACGAGCAAUCGAGUCUGCGACGGUACAGGUAGCAGCACAAGGAGAUCAGGGCCGGAACACAGGCAUCGUUGCUGCUCCACCAUCUCCACGCCAACUACCUUCUGGAAAUCUCAGCAGUGAUACAUUCAACCCCAGUGACAGCCUUUUUCCAUGGCUCAAUCACCGAGAACAUCAACGACUUCCCGGCCGAGGCAUUGAUCAAACCCAACCUGCACCACCGGCACCAAAUUUCGCGCCAACCGUCCGAUUUCCACCGGCACAAUCUCAUGUUGAGCAUGAGAAUGGGAUAUCAAAUCAUACUAUAAAUAUCACUGCGACAUCGUCCAGCAAGGCAGGAAUAGCUUGUGCAGUAUCCGGAGAAACUUCGUCUGCUGCUCUGCAGGAUCCCCCUGCCGUUCUGCCAACCGUGAUUGUUUCUGAUGGAGAAUCCAGCAAUCGUGCUUGGGACGACACAGAUCUUGACCAGUUCGAUCCUGAUGACCACCACUGUCUGGUACGCGUGGGUUCUGAGGAAUGGGCCAUCAAAUCUGUACAGGGCUCCUCCUCUCGUGGUUCCGGAAAUGCUGCUGACACUGGAAAAUCCGUCUCACCGUCCUCUUCUAACCGCGCCUGGGAUGACACCGAUCAUGAUCAGUUUCAAGACACCGGUGAUCAACGUCUGGUUCGUGUUGGUACUGAGGAAUGGGCACUUCGAUCUGCAGAGCGCAGUUCUUCUCCUGGUCAAUCUGAAAAUGGUCGGCCAUCACCGUCAUCAUCAAACCGCGCCUGGGAUGAUACGGACUUGGAACAGUUUGAAGCUGGUGACGAUCAGCGUCUGGUACGUGUGGCGACCGAUGAAUGGGCCUUGAAGCCUGUGACCUCGUCGUCGUUCUCUACUUCGAACAACAAUGCUGCCGGCGGUCAGAAUCUAAACUCUUCCUCUUCUACCAAUCGUGCCUGGGACGACACGGAUCUCGACCAGUUCAACGCCGCCGACAAUCAACAGCACAUGGUUCGAAUUGGGACUCAGGAAUGGGCACUACAAUCUGGGAAUGUCAAUGCCAAUGGCAACGGAAAUGAUACUUAUUCUAUCAUCAGCAGCAACACCGCUAACUCGAGCAAUCGAGCCUUGACACCACCUCAGCCAAUUACCAGUGUUCAAUUCCAAGGUUGGGGUUUACGCCCUAGAGAAGUGACCUCUCCUUCGACCAAUGGUGGUGGCGUCGACGGUGGCGGUGAAGAAGAUGAUGAAUCUCCUGAAUACCGAGAAGGUUUGGUUGUUCUUCGUAGAAGAAGAACAAGAGCAAGCCAGCAACCAGUGCAAGAGUCAGCAGCCGCCCGGCCGGUGUCGGAACCUCGUCAACCUGAACCUGUCGUUACUACCACCGCCACUGCAGCUGUCACGGUCACCAUCACUCCACCCACACCACGUCUCCCUACUCCGACCCCGACACAAGACGAACAGCAGCUGUACGCGGCCGCUGCUUCUACUCCUGCCGGUGGGAAUUUCAGAUCUGAACGUGGUUUGUAUUCUUCCGACUCUGAGGUGGAGGAAGUGGUCCAGCAGCCGAUCACCCCUGGCCCUCGACCACCACCACGCAACAACCUAGGUCCACACGGUCUCAACUACAUAUUCCCUCACGACGUGUUCUUGCCCGGUGAAGCUCACACCAAUCAAUGGGACUCUCCUCGACACUUUGUUCCCUUUCAGCAAAUGGACUUCGCCGGCAUCACGGGGCUCGACCGAGCUCUACAGACCGCGGCCAACGAACAUGCCCAGGUGUACCGUGAGCGGGAGGCCUACCGACACAACAACGACGUCAACUGUUUCAAGGUCGAAGUCUUGCAGAAUCUUGUUGCUGAACGCGACGAACAGAUCCGAAACCAACAGGCCGAGAUCCUACGGUUAAAUCAACUCCUCCAACUUCGCGACACCGAACUUUUGUCGAUACAAGCCAGAGUUGGUCGAUUGGAGGUUGAAUAUUAUGGUUCAGGUUCUGCCUCGGUUUCAGAUUUGGCCUCUGGUUCUGGUUCUGGUUCUGGCUCUGGCUCUGGCUCUGCUGAUGUUGUCGACGACACGGUUCUUCACAAUUCUCAAUCCUCAUCUUCCGGGAGAGCACAGACUGCUGAAAAUCUGUUGAGCACUCGUGUAUUCAACCGAGGUCCACCACAGCACGCCACCACUUCUUCGCCUUCCUCCUUGUCAUCAUCGGAUUCAAUCGAUGAUGAAGACGAUGGCAAUGGCAAUGACUUGUUCCAUACGGCAACUGGAGGUGUGGUUUACAACCCUGAUGAUGAUGAAGACGACACCGAUGACGACCAGAAGAAUUGUUUCGGUGUGCUCACAGCAUUCUCUGGGGUUCAUCGUGUGUGGCCACAAUGACAGCAUUUUGGUGUUGUGCUUUGCAUGGUUCUUGUCUUUGGGCAUGGUACACGGCAACAUAGAUAUAUAUUCCUAGGUAUCUACUCUGACUGGUUUGGAGUAGAGGCAUUCGGAGUUGUUGGGAGAUCUUCGACUUUAUGAUACAUACGAG